AUGAAUACUAGAAGAAGGGUCCCUUACAGCAUCGGUAACGAGAAGCUGGAGAGGAUCCCUCCUUCUACUAUGAAGAGCCGCCUCACAGAGGACGAAGAGCGGAAUUUGCUAUGCUCCGAUGACUCCGAUGUUGACAUCUGUAUCACGACGGAUUGGAAAGAGCUAGAGGGCGUCUGUAUGAUUGCGGAGCUUCUCGCUCGACGCGGGAUGGAAAAGGUGGUAUGUAUAGCACCUGCAAAGGUACCCAUUGUGAAAAUUUGGGACCCCGAGCUUGAGCUAGCAUGCGACAUGAACGUGAACAAUACCCUUGCUCUCGAAAACACCAGGAUGGUGCGGACAUAUGUCGAAACCGAUGAUAGGGUUCGGCCACUUGCCAUGAUUGUGAAGUAUUGGACGAGGCGGAGGAUCGUCAAUGAUGCUGCAUUUGGCGGUACCUUGAGUUCGUACACUUGGAUCUGCCUCGUCAUCGCCUUCCUCCAGCUCCGAGACCCCCGAUAUUACGCGCACGAGUUUGACUACGAUAAAAACGCCUUAUCGGUCCGGUUAGGUCGUCUGCAAACCAAGAAGGAGAAGAAUUGGCAUCAUGCUCUCAAUAACAGGCUCUGCAUAGAGGAACCCUUCAACACGUCGAGGAAUCUUGGAAACACGGCGGAUGAGUACUCCUUUAAGGGGCUUCAUCUCGAACUCAGGAGAGCUUUCGAUUUAAUAUCGCAAGUCAAAUUGGAAGAGUGCUGCGAGCAAUAUGUCUUCCCCAAGGAGGAGGAGCGGGUGUUUACUCAGACUCGGAAACCCCAACCUAUUCUGAUGCGGAGCUCCAGCCAGACUCAUACGGGACGUGGUGGCCGUGGCGGUUUCGGUAGGGGCGUAACGUACGACGGCGGUGCUACAGCCAUAUAUUCUCCCCAGAUGGCCGGUCAGGAUGUUGCGUGGUAUGCUGGAGCCUCGUAUAUGCCACAAGAUCUUGUGUCAGCAGCAAUAGCGAUGCAGGCUCAGCAGCACGACUUCCGCUUUCAGCAACUGUAUCAAAACCAGCUCCUUGCAGUACAGGCCCAAGCGUACCAGCAGUCUCAGCAGCAAAAUUCCCAACAGACAACUCAAGGCCAGCACCAGAGGGCACCGGGCUCUGCCGCGCAAACGCCUUCAACCUCCACGGACCGUUCAAGAACUAACUCGUUCGACAACCCGCCGCUUAGCGCGCCCCUCCGGCCGGACCUUUUUAGCGUUUACGGCCUUCCCUUCCAGCCCGGCCAGCAAUUCUACGCCACCCCUGGAACCGUUCAUCACGUCUAUGGUACUUAUCCGUCGACCCCGGCUGCCACCGCUGGCACCCCGGAGUUCAGAAGAAGCCUGCACCGGUCAAGUGCUGCCGCAGAGGCAGGAACAGCAGGGGCGGGCAGCUCGCUUAGGUCGCAGUCUCAGCCCGCCUCAAGGACCAUCCCCGUAGGAGGACAACCUGGCCCGGGCAGCUUCACGAGCACUGGACCCACGCCUCCCAACGGAUUAGCCAUAUUCCCUCCGCGGAAUAAUGCUAACGGUAUACCCAUCCCCAGCUUCAUGGCGGAUGAAGCCGAGUUGGAUGAGGGACCCUCGCCGUCCACAAACGUGUCUGGUGAUUCCCCGCCCGUGGAGGAGGGCGGACCGGUGGGUUCCGUAGCACCCUCUGAGACAUCCAGCCCAAGCCGAAGGGUGGCCAACGUCCCCAACGGCAUCGCCUUUGGUGAUUUGCACCAACAUCAGACGACUACCAGUCGCAGGCACAUAUCGACCACCGAGCUGCCUCAAUCGGUCCUAGACCGGAGGAUGAAGAGGGUAUCUCGGUCACCGUCACCUGCCGGCCAUGCUCGGGCACUAUCCGUAGGAACGUCGCCCUCUUCGCUCGGGUCAAGGAGUACAGUGCGCCCCCUCGUCGUUAACGGCUCAUUGCUGAAUCCCACAAAUAUCGCCUCUCAGCAACGUCAAGGGGCAGCGGGAGAUGCGCAGCACGCAGCCGACCCUGGUGCCAUCCAGGUUAGCGGCUCGUACGAGUCUAGCACCGAGGGCGACCAGACCCCGGUCUUGACCAGUGCGACGACGGAGCAAUCAUCGCAGUCGCUGGCGGAGCAGGCCCCUGUGGUCAUGUACGGGAUGGAUGAGCCUUCGUUUAGGGAGCGGGUGGCCAUGAUGCAGCCCAACUACUCGAUGCAACCCUACUAUGUGCAAGACCCGUCCAUCGGCCAGCGAUAUACCUCGUCCACACGUCAACGGCUUAUCUCUAGGCACCAACAAAAUGGCGUGAUUGCGCCCCUCGACCUUGCGAUUGAUUUCAGCAAGGUCGGUAAUUCAACGGGACACCUAGACUUUCAACAUCUAUCGCCGGUCUACGAAAGUCGCACACCGCCCGCGGCACCGACAAGGAAACCAGAGCAGGCGGCAAAGAGCGAUAGACAGGGACCUGGUCAGGGCACAGGACCUCAAAAUGGGAAAGGCGGACAUGCCAAGUCUGGCGAGGCUGGCGAGGCCUCCGCGCACGAUUCGAAGCAGGUGGGCACGCCCUCACGCGCAUCCCAAUUCAAGGGCAACUCGCAGCAUGGAGGGCGAGGGUCUCAAGCAGGCCACCAGUCGAGCAAAUCUCAGACGACCAACCGUUUUCACGGGGAGGGUCAGGAAUCUGCUGGACCCAAGGAGCCGGAGGCUCGCGCGCACCGAAGCGAGGGGGUCAAUGGCGAUGGUGGGUGGCAACGAGCUGGCAAGUACCGGAAGAAGGGAAUUGAUCACAAAGCCCAGGGCGGGACGACAAACCAAAGCGAGGCGCCGCCCAAGCAUACGUCGGAGCGAAAAGGAGGUUGA